UAUAAACACAGGGUUGUGUCAGGGGCUCAGCCGGCAACUCACUCACAGCAGCGCUCACUCCUACAGGGCAAGCAAGGCCGCGCUACCCCUGUCACUGUUAUUCUGCCCCUGGGUACGGGGCAUGGGGGGACUGGGUAAGCACUGGCUGUUGGGUUCUGCCCUGGCAGAGACGCUGCUAUUUUCUGGAUGUCUCCUGGGCUGGAACUCCCUGAGCCCCAUCUUGUUGGAACAUGGGGUGCUCUUCUCUGACUGCGACCCAGAUGGCGCCCAAUCUCACAAUAAUGGGGACUGGGGUGCCCCGCUGACAGCGCCGGUGGCUGAUACGGAUAACGGAUCCUCCCAGAAGCCCCUGCCAGCCGUCUGUACCCUGCAGGAACAAGGUCUAAACUUGGGGUUUGUGCUGGGUUCCCUGUUCCUUGGAGCCACCUUGUUGCCCCUGCAGAUUCUCUUGGGCUACACACAGCUCAGGACAGUGCGCCAGACUGGGGGGGCCCUGGUAUCAGUUGGCUGCCUGAUGGUGGGAUGCGCAUGUACAAAUCCCCACGGUCUGUCCCUGCUCCUGCCCUGGGCCCUGGUGCUGCUGGGAGUUGGAGGAAGCUGCAUUCUCUUCACGUCCCUCAUGCUUCCCCUCUAUAUAGGAAACAACGAGUGGCUCUAUAGUUCAAUGGUCAUGGGAUGCUUCACAGCUUCAGCCACGGUCUUUACCCUGAUGAAGGUGGCCUAUAAUGCCGGAGUCCCGUUUGUGCCUCUGUUGGUGGGAUAUGGAGCCCUGUCCUGCGCCAUGUUCUUAAAUGGUUUCUUUUGUUGGGGGCUGGAGCAGAAUGGAGAAGAAAAGAAGAGCAAGUACAGUAUCCAACUGCAGUUGACCUGUUGUGGGACUGGACAGAAGGCGGCAGAGAAAAGUGCCUGGGACAGGGAAUCCCUGAAAUACAAGUUCGAGACAUCCCUCAGGGACCGAGAGAGAAUCCUAAGCCGCAGGAAGAAGUUACAUUUCAAGAGGCCAGAGGAGCCAAGUUCUCCUCUUCUACGAAGCAGCCUCCUGUCUCCGGUGUUUGUGCUCCACCUCCUCUCCGACUCUCUGCUCCAGACGUGGCUCCACUUCUACAUCUCAUCUCUGAACCUGUGGCUACAAAGUGCCCUGUACUCCUCACUCUUUGGGGCACUACAGAUGGUGGGAUUAUUCUCUGCCCCUCUGAUCUCCAUUCUGCUCCACCGACAAAAAGAGACAAACAAAGGAGCAACCAGCAAAGGGAGACUGCUGAUAGGUUUUAUACUCCAGAUUCUCACAGCCGCUGGGUUUGGAACUGCAUGUCUCAUCCAAUCGUUGGGGGUGCAGGUAGUUGGCUUCGUCCUCCAUGUGGUGACGAGAAGUUCCACGUUUAUUCUCAGCUCGGCGCUGUACAGCUGUGUGUUCCCCAGGAGUCACUUUGGCGCUCUCUUGGGAAUCCACACUUGUUGCUCCGCUCUGGUAACGGUCUUCCAGCAUCCUCUAUUCCUACUCCUCACGGGGCCCCUGGAAGGAAACCCUUUCUGGAUACACGCCACGUUCCUCGGCUUCUGUUCCUUAUCCCUCUCUGUCCCACUGUCUGUCUGGAUUGGGCAGCGUCGCAGGAGACACGUUUCCCAGCCCAUCAUGCUCCAGCGCAUAAGGGCCCGCCCCAGCAUCCACACCCCUAUAUGAUCCCCAAUAGGAAGCCAA